AUGCGUGAUGAAGAUUUGGUUCUGACCGGAAUACGACUACAAGACAGAACCAGUUCGGCGGACACAGCGCAAAGUUUUAAUAUCGCACCGGCUUUGGGUCUAGUCGCCCCAGAGAUUUUGGCGGAAGAGAUCUCGUUGAAGGCCAAGCGUGAGUCGGAACGUCGAGAAGCAAAGGCACGUUCCGAUGCAUCUCGCAAGGAGGCUGGCGCGAAACCUCCGAGUGAAAUGUUUCUGAAUCAAUUGGAAAAAUAUUCCCGGUUUGAUGAUAAGGGUAUACCAACUCAUGACGCAUCUGGAAAGGAAAUCGCCAAGAGUCAACUGAAAAAGUUACAGAAGCUGUAUGAUGUACAAAGCAAACGAUACGCUGCUUACCUCAAACUAAAAGAGAAGAGGGAGUUGUAG